AUGACGACCUCGGCGCUGCGCCGGCAGGUGAAAAACAUCGUGCACAACUACUCGGAGGCAGAGAUCAAGGUGCGAGAAGCCACCUCCAAUGAUCCUUGGGGACCCCCCAGCUCCCUGAUGUCGGAGAUCGCUGAUCUCACCUUCAACACGGUGGCCUUCGCCGAGGUCAUGGGCAUGAUCUGGCGGCGGCUGAAUGACAGCGGCAAGAACUGGCGUCACGUCUACAAAGCCCUCACCCUCCUGGACUACCUCAUCAAAACUGGCUCCGAGAAGGUGACCCACCAGUGCCGGGAGAACCUCUACACCAUCCAGACACUGAAGGACUUCCAGUACGUGGACCGCGACGGCAAGGACCAGGGCAUCAACAUCCGAGAGAAGGUGAAGCAGGUGAUGGCGCUGCUGAAGGACGAGGAGCGGCUGAAGCAGGAACGGGCGCACGCGCUGCAGACCAAGGAGCGCAUGGCCCUCGAGGGCAUGGGCAGUGGUAGCCACCAGGUUGCCUAUGGCCGCCGUGCAUCACCCUAUGGCGACGACUAUGGCCGGGCACGGGGCUCGCCCUCCUCCUUUAACUCAUCAUCCUCAUCCCCACGGUUUGCCUCCGACCUGGAGCAAGCGAGGCCCCAGACGACGGGCGAGGAGGAGCUGCAGCUGCAGCUCGCGCUGGCCAUGAGUCGGGAGGAGGCAGAGAAGAAGCCACUUCCUCCAAUUUCCAGUACAGAUGAAGAAAGACAAUUGCAGCUAGCGCUUGCGCUGAGCAAAGAGGAGCACGAGAAGGAGGUGAGGGCUUGGCAAGGGGAGAACUCCCUGCUGCAGAGAGCCAUGGAGGAGACUGCCCAGGGCAGGGAGGAAGAGGAGGAAGAAGAUAAGAUGAAGAAAAGCCAGUCCUCUAUCCUGGAGCUGGCAGAUAUAUUCGGGCCGGCGCCAGCCCCCUCCAGCCACACGUCUGCCGACCCAUGGGAUAUGCCAGAUAUGAAACCCAAAGGGGGCCCCCCAGCCUCUGCCUGGGCCGGUGCGGCUGCCCCCUGGGUGCCGGUCCCGGCUGCCGGCGGGGAGCCCCUCUCCCAGGCGAGCGCCUCGUCCCAGCAAACCUCUGCCGGGCCCUGGGAUUUCCCCCCCGGCACCACUGCAGCCUCCGACCCUUGGGGGAAAGCGCCCUUGACUUCUGGCUUCCCUCCUGUGGACCCC